AUGGAGUUCAACUUCACGUGCACCAGGGUUUUUGUUUCCCACAUUAUCUACUGCUCAUUUCCCUUCGCUCUUCACUCUACCUUCUUACUCUCGCUCGCCUCUUUCUCGCAGUUGGCAGAGAUGAAUGUGGAAAAACUACAGAAGAUGGCCGGCUCGGUCCGCACUGGUGGAAAGGGUACCAUGAGAAGAAAGAAGAAGGCUGUGCACAAGACUACCACGACUGAUGAUAAAAGGCUCCAGAGCACCUUGAAGAGAAUAGGGGUGAAUGCCAUACCUGCAAUUGAGGAAGUUAAUAUUUUCAAGGAUGAUGCAGUUAUCCAGUUUGUUAACCCUAAAGUUCAAGCGUCUAUUGCUGCCAACACCUGGGUUGUUAGUGGUACUCCUCAGAACAAGAAGCUGACAGAUAUUCUUCCUUCCAUCAUUCAUCAAUUGGGUCCGGAUAACUUAGAAAAUUUGAAGAAACUAGCGGAACAAUUCCAGAAGCAGGGUCCGGCUGCAGGUGGUGCCGCUUCUGGUGUAAGUGGGCCACAAGCAGAUGAUGAUGAUGAUGAGGUGCCUGAGCUUGUUGCUGGUGAGACCUUUGAAGCUGCUGCGGAUGAAGGCAAUACUCAAAAAGCAUCUUAA